AUGGCUUUCCUGACCAACAAAGGACCCUCCUCCUCCUCCUCCUCCUCCUCUUCUUCUUCUUUCACUCACCAGAACUAUGACAUCUACUUAAGCUUUAGAGGGGAAGAUACUCGCAAUGGUUUUACAAGCCAUUUACAUAAAGCACUGUGUGACAAGGGUUUUAACACUUUCAUUGAUGAUAACCUUCGGAGAGGAGAAGACAUUUCAAUAGAACUUCUUAAAGCCAUUGAAUCAUCAACUAUUUCAAUCAUCAUUUUCUCUAAAAACUAUGCAUCUUCUACUUGGUGUUUGGAUGAACUUGUCAAGAUUCUUGAGUGUAGCAAAUUAAUUUUGCCUAUAUUUUACAAUAUGGAUCCCUCAGAAGUACGUAAACAAAAAAGUGAGUUUGGGGUAGCUUUGAGAAAACAUGAAGAGAUAUUCAAAGAUGAUAUUGACAAGGUGCAGAAUUGGAGGAUAGCUCUAAAUAAAGUUGGUAGUUUGUCCGGAUGGCACUAUAAGAACGGUGAAACCGAAGCUAAAUUUAUCCAAAAAAUUGUUGAAAAUAUACCAAAAUGCACCCCGAUAUUUGUUGGCAAAUGCCUUGUUGGAGUAAAACCUCGUGCCAAGGCCGUAGAAUCGCUUUUAAGUAUGGGGUUAGAUGAAGUUUGCAUGGUAGUGAUUCAUGGCCUUCCCGGAAUAGGUAAGACUACAAUUGCAAAAGCAAUUUAUAACAGAAUUGCUAAUCAUUUUGAUGGAAGCAGUUUUUUAGAGAAUGUUAGAGAAACUUUGGAGACGAAGGAUGGCAUUAUCAAACUACAAGGUCAAUUUCUUAAAGAGAUUUCAAGGGAUGAAAAUGAGGAAAUUCACAGCACAUCCAAAGGAAUCAAUUUGAUAAAAAAUAGACUUCGUAGUAAAAAUGUUCUUUUAGUUCUUGAUGAUGUGGAUACAUUGGAAAGAAUAGAAAAAUUGUUUGGAGAUUGUAAUUGGUUUACUUCAAGAAGCAGAGUCAUUAUAACAACAGCAGCAGAUCCACAAUUGUUAGCUCCUCUUGGAAAAGUUUAUACAACUUAUAAGGUCAAGGAAUUAGACAAACAUGAAGCUCUUCAACUCUUUGAAAAGCAUGCCUUCCAUGGAAAGAAACCCAAUAAAGAUUAUUAUGAACUUACAAACCAAGUUAUACAGUAUGCCCAAGGCCUUCCACUAGCUCUUAUAAUAAUAGCUCGUGAUUUGUGUGGAAGACCUAAACAUGAAUGGGAAAGUACAUUAGAUAAGUAUAACAAAAUUCCCAAUGAAGACAUUCAAGAAGUACUUAAAGUAAGUUAUGAUAGAUUGGAGGAAAUCGAACAAGAUAUUUUCCUUGAUAUUGCAUGUUUUUUCAAGGGAUGGAACAAGGAUUAUGUUGUAGAUAUAUUAAAUGCUAGUGAUUCACAUCCUGAAUAUGGUAUUCAAAGACUUGUUUAUAAGUGUCUUGUUACUGUGAAUCAAUAUGGUACAUUGUUAAUGCAUGACUUGAUACAACAAAUGGGUAGGGAAGUUGCUCGACGAGAAUCGCCACAUAUACUUGGAGAACGUAGUAGGUUAUGGCAUCAUAAAGAUUCUCUUGAUGUGCUAAUUGGAAAUAAGGGAUCAAACAAAAUUCGAGGUAUAAUGUUGCGUUCACCUCAAUGGGUAAAGGUGCCACUACACGCUCAAGCUUUCAAAAGGAUGACAAAUCUCAGGAUACUUAUUGUUAAUAACUUACGUAUUUGUGAAGCAAUUCAAUAUUUCCCCAACGGGAUAAGGUUUCUUAGCUGGCCUAAAUAUCCAUUUCCCUUGCCAUCCAACUUUUGUCCUCAACAACUUGUUAGUCUCCAUAUGCCAGAGAGUCGCAUUGAGUUGGAAAAGCUAUGCAAGCAGGAGUUCCAGUUAGAAAAUAUGAAACAUCUCAACCUCAGUGGUUGUAAAUUUAUAACCAAAUUACCUAAUUUAUGCACCCCAAACUUGGAGACAUUGGACCUUUCUUAUUGUGAAAAUUUAGUUAAGAUUCACACGUCCGGUGAAUUUCUUCAUAAGCUUAAAACGUGGAAUCUUCGUUAUUGCAAAAAACUUCAAAAUCUUCCAAACAACCUUAUGUUGACAUCUCUUGAAGUUCUUGAGUCAUUAAACCUUUGUGAUUGCAAAAACCUUCGGGAUCUUCCAGAUGGCAUUUAUAAAUUGCAACUGCUUUGGGAGUUGGUGACUCCUACUGCCAAAUUGAGACCGACAUGCAAUUCUUUUGAUAGCUCCUCCGGUUAUGGGUUUCUGAAGAUGAAACACCUGAAUUUCUUUCACCAUAAAAACGUAAUUGAAUUAGAUCUUUUGAUGAAGCCUGAUUACUUCCCCGCAUUGGAAAGUAUAUAUCUAUCUGAAACCAAUAUUAUUACCAUCCCCGAAAGCAUUAGCAGAUUUCCUAGAUUAAAUUCACUUUUUAUUACGGAUUGCAAGCACCUUUGUGAAAUUCAAGGACUUCCACUAUCGAUAAGUGAGGUUAAUGCGAAAAAUUGCCCGUUGUUGGAUAAUGAAUCACCAAGUGGGCUAUUGAAUCAGGUAAUAGAAAUUAUGGGGAUUUUACCGAAUGGGGUAUGUGGUAGUGCAAGAAGCAAUGAAUUAAUGGAUCCACAGUUCACCGAUUACUUCUCAUCUGAAACUGAGGGUGUUGAAUCUGAAUCUGAAGGUGGGGACAUAUCACAGUUCUCCAAUUAUUUCCCAUCUGAAAUUGAGGGCUUUGAAUAUGAAGAUGGGGAAAUUGAUCGUAUUCUUACGAUAUCGGGAAUUGAGAUUCCAUGGUUCAACCAUCAAAGUAUUGAACAUAGUUCCAUAUUGUUCUGGGUUGGUCGCAAAUUUCCAAAAUUGGCUGUCUAUAUUGCUUUUGGAGGCGAUGAGGAGGCACAUGAUAAGAACGACUAUAUCUGUGAAUGCUUUGUUUACAUUUCCAUCAAUGGUUGUAAAAAAUGUGAAUGUAUGCCUCGGCAUCUAGUUUUAAAUGCUUAUAAUCUUUUGCUAUUAUAUUCUCCACCUCAAAGGUUUCUACAGCAGAAAUUGAAUGAAUCAAAUCCAACUGACCAGAAUCUUGUUGAGGUUACAUAUAAAAUAAUCAAAUUUAGACAAGAUGAUGGUGCAUUUAUUGAGACACUAAAUGCCACAAGGUGGGGGGUCCACGUAGAGUGCAUCUGUCCUCCUCAAGAAUCUGGUAUACCUAACUUGCCCCUUCUAACUACUGGACAUGAUGAUGAUGAUGAUGUUGAUUACUGGAGCGAGUUGCCAUUUCAUGGAUCUGAUGAUUUGGAAGCAGAAGAAGAUGAAGAUUAUCAGUCUCCUCUGCUAGUACAUAUGACAUAUGAAUUUUCACUAGUAGACUUCUAUGUUAGCUUGAUUUCAAGGAUUGAGGAAAGAGAUGUAUUGGAACAAUUUGUGGAUCAAACUCUGGCAUGCAGAACUUUCUUGACAAAAAUAGUCAAUUUUUCUUUAGAUUAUUUUGAUAAAGAUCUCGGUGCGGUCUCUGAAAAAUUAACUACUGCUCUUAAGGCCAUUGAAGUGGCAGGUCUGUAUGAUCAUCAAGCUAAUCGCAACCUUGAGCUGGCAUUAGCAAGAUACUAA